AAAUUUUGUUUUCUUUCCUGCAGUGAGCAAUCUAUCGCCCAGGCACGGGCAUCUGUCAUGCUCUACAACAAUGAAAGAAAGGAGUGGGAACAUUCGGGUGGCUCAUCAGGAAUCUCCAGAGUCCAUGUUUACCAUCAUCCCAUCAACAACACAUAUAGAAUAGUUGGCAGAAAAGUCCAAGAUCAUGCGGUAUGUUUCCAACUGGUUUAUGGUACUAGUUUUUUUUGGGACAAAUUACUACUUGCGAGAGUGUGAAUUCUGUCUUGAAGUCAUAUUUGGCUUCAUUCAUCAAGAUUUUUUACGUAUUAAAAAUGCUGACAACAAUUUGUGUAAUUUUUGUGAUGUUUUUGGCCUGGUGAGGGUGUGGAUGGGUUGUCCUGUGGACACCCUGUUUUAGGAUUAAAAAGAGAUAUUUUUACAUCUUGGUUUUAGAGCUGCUGGCUUUAUUGAGAGUUUAGGAAGAGUUGAGAGAGAGAGAGUUUUUUUGGCCAAUUUGGAAAUUUAGAUGCUUCAACUUUUCAACAUUUGCUGGGUUAAGGGUUAAUAAUAACUUUAUAACUUUAAUAAUAACUUUAUUUCUAUAGCGCUCUUAUCCUAUGUUCAACGCGGUUUGCUUCCAGACCUAUGUCCAUGCCUUCCUGGCAUUGCUUGUGGACACCCACUUACAAUUUCCAGGUCUACAGUUGUACUAUGUUGUGUUAUAGGUGGUUAUAAACUGUGCAUUGGCAAAGGGAUUAAAAUACAAUGAAGCAACACCAACUUUUCACCAGUGGAGAGACCAAAGACAAGUUUAUGGUUUGAAUUUUCCAAGCAAAGAGGAUGCACUAGUUUUUGGCCAAGCUGUGUUUUCAGCGUUGGAAGAUCUCAAAGGUGGGGGUUAGUUAUAAAAUUAUAAAAGUAUUAUAAUAAUUGUAAUAUUUUAUAUGUCUAGAAAGCUGCUAUAAGAGUAUCAAAUAAAAGUUUCUGAAUGAGUAGGAAAUAAUUUUGACAGUAGUACAUGCUUAAUUAAAAUACCAGAUUGAUGUAAGUGUCUGUGUGCUGCCCACAGGCAGGUCCUUCCUCAUAAGUCUCGAUCUAAGGUGCGUCUCUUGGCCGCUACCUAAGGUCUGCCAUCCUUCACUCAAUCCAGCAUUCCUUAUCGAGGUCUUCCCAGUGGCCUUUUUGUUAUUAUUCGCCCCUCACAACUGAUGGGACAAGAUGGCCAUGCUAUAGGUUAUGACCAAGCCAUACUCUGUCUUCUUUUGAUAACAAAUAUGAUGGCCCUAUCAAUCUUCACUGAAUUGCCUCAAUACUUCAUUACAGACUUUUUCAGACCAAGAAAUGUUUAUGGGCCUUCCUCCAAAGCCACAUCUCACAGCUCUUCAGCCUUCAAACAUCCUCUAUUAGGUGCCUAUUCCCAAACAGAUACCUGACAAAUUUUCGGUGGGCAAUUAAGGCAUGAGACUUUUACCCUGACAGUGUGAGGAUUGACAGUGUUUGUAGAGGACCAGAUCUUUUUAGAAAAACUCUAAAGAUUUCAGAAGUCGUCUAUGAGAGUUACUAAACUCAGUUCAAUAAAAUGAUUAUUCAUUCUGACCUCUUUUCUUUUCUCACAUUAAUUUGAGUUUAUUUCACUUUAUUGUUUUUCAAACAAGAGUCAGUUAAGGCUGUAAUGGCUCAAUUCUCCACCAGGGUUGAGAAAUUGGUCUGCAAACAUGAGCUGGCUUGCAAUCAAAAUUUAUGCAGGGGUGAAACUCCUGCCUUAAUGAUAAGAUUUCGCAAGUAUUCAAAUUGUUGAUGGUAUGUGAUCAGUGACAUUUUGGUAACUGAUUUUUGUACUUACUUUAGGCAUGGCCCCUCAACCACAACCAAUUAUUCAACAACAACAUUAUGCACCAUCAUCUCAUAUGAGCAAUGGCAGAAAUGAACCGGAAGAGAUAUCCUCGCAUCACCGGGACCAGCCACAGUAUGAUACUUAUGACCAGUAUUCCCGUGGAAGGGUACCAUCUGCUGGACCAGAGCGGACCUACCACAAUCAGUAUGACAUGCAGCGUGACAGACAAAGCCCUAGUGUAAGUUUUCACUUUUUAUCAUUUACAAGAUUAAGUAUCAAAAUUUUUUAUGCUACUGACCGAAGGUCAGGGGCCCGUUUCUCGAAAGUCCCAGUAACUUUACGGGCCCGAAAUCAAAUAUUCAAAUGGAAAUAUAAAUAAUAAGAGCAUGGGUCCUGGCUAGCAAACUACUCCAUUUUGUUUCAUUAACUGACAGUUUUAUCAUGUUGGAUGCAAAACUAUUGAAACCUCGAUCUUUAAUGUAAAUGGAGAUGGCUUACCGGGCCCGUUAAUUAUCAGGACUUUUCGAGAAACGGGCCCCAGGUGCCUACUAAUAGAGGUUCAUGUAUCGUUUGACUCACAAAAUGUUUGUUUUUAGCCCAGUGCAGUUUCCUUGUCAACUUCUCCUGGACCACAGCCAGUCGUCACACAGUCAAGUAAGUUAUCACGUGAACUAUUUAUAAUAAAUCCCAUUUUAAAAAUUGGGCUGAUUUCCUUAGGAUUAUUGGAUCCUUAUACCUACAUGCGAAAGUGUGCUAUUCAAUUUGCUGACUGGAAUUUCCAGUUUCCUUAUACAAAUAAACAAUAUACCUUCCUAGCUUCUGUCUUAAUUAAAUAUUGAUCUUAACACUUGCUACUCUUUGAUGAUCUCACCAACAGCUGCCCCCCCUGCUCCACCUGCGCCUCCAGUUCCGGCAGCACCACCAGCUCCUCCAGCGCCGCCUGCUCCGCCUGCUGCACCCCCUCUGCCAGUAGGAGGUGGACCUCCUGCUCCUCCUCCACCCCCAGCAGUUCAAAGUGGGGGAGGUGGGUCAUUGGCUGAUCAGAUUGCUGCUGCAAAACUUAAGAAGGCCUCAAAGGUAAUAUUUUCAGGUUCUCAUGUCAAACAGAUUUACAACAUUUGUGAGCAUAAGAGUGGAUUAAUUUGUCACUUGAUAAUAAAUACAACAAAUGAUCUUGCAUAUGCAGCUCUCAAUAGUUUUUAGAACAUGACUGGUCAAUUACCCAUUACUUUUUGCCCUUGGAAAAAUACGGACGGAAGCUAGUGUGUGCUCAAAGCUCUACAUGUCACUUUCUUUGUGACAGCAUCAUAGUUCAAGGUUUGUGUCUUAAUAGUAAGGGAAUGUUUACAAAAACGAUUACACUUCUUUUGUCAACUUCUUGCGUGCAACCUUAACUGACUUAACUUGAUGGUUGCACACUCCAUGUUUACCAUUUCUUAAAUUUAUUUUACCUGUGUAUGAUGUGUAUUCAAAACAGGCAUCUUUAGGCCUACCCGUAUGAAUUUCUCUGAGGUAUUCUCACAUAUUAAUAGCUUCAGUGAAGCAAUGCUGUAAAGGUGCGUAGGAAAUUCAACUUGUGUGAUAAUAUCUCAAAUUCUUGUGACCUUUCUGGUUGACUAAUCAUACAUCAUGUACGUGUAAAUAUAAUAUUAAGGAGAAAUUUGGAGCUGAUCUUCAUUGAGGGUUAAAGGGUUGAAGAUUGCUCACUUUGCAGAAAAAUUAUUUGGUACAGAAAAAUAUUUUAAUGGAUAUCAUGAAAAGUGAAAGGGUUUAAGAGGUUGAAAGAGCAUUUAUUCCUUUCAAGGCCGAGAAUGAAGGCUUCAGAAGUGACAGAGCCAAUUCAGCAAGUCGUGGGGGCGGAAAAAAUAUGGGAGGUGGUAUGGACAUGAUGGCGGAAAUGCAAAGGAAACUAGCGGCAAGGUCUGUUCCAUGAUUUGACUUCUACCUUGUUUUAAUAGCAGAUGUGAUACAGGAGACAAGGGGUCUUAACCCCCUUGAACCCUUCUCUGAUUAUAACCCUUAUUAGCAAUAUUCCAAGAGGCUUGACUUGCUACCAGACACUAGCGUACGUUACCACUGUGUGACUCCCGUGGCUCAUAGCUGUGCCUCUACCUUCCUCGCUGUGAAGGCCAGAGUUUUAUUUUUGUAGUUCAUGAUUUGACUUAGCCUAAAGUAUCUUUAGAGAAAAGUCUUAAGUUACUUCAAGCUAAUAAGCACUGAUGUGUAUUUUUUAGAAAAGCCAAAGAAGAAGGAAGAGACGUGGAGGUAAGAGUGGUUUGGUCCUGAUAGUUAAUGUUGCUUAUUCAUGUUUUUACCUGUGAGCUACAAUAAUGAUGAUUCAGCUGUGUUCAACAGAUUUUUCUUGUAAUUCUUCACUCUAGCCCAUUAAAGAAGAAGAAAAGCCUGAAAGAACUGGUAAGUAUUUGUUAACUCUUAGUUUGUGGGCAUAUUUGUAGACAAGAAAUUGUGUCAGUUUGAGGAACUGAAAGAGCCCUUUUUCAACUGAUGGUGACAGUUGUUUUGUCUUUUUUAAGGUCCACGCAUAAGCACUAGCAAUCCACCUUCAACUCCUGCAUUUGGGAAUAGCAAUUCCAAAGCCAAUUUCCUGACACCAGCCAAGCCAUCAAGUAAUAACAACGGAGUCAGGUAAGAACAUAAUUGUUUCAUAACAAUGACAAUUCUACUCUUUGGUAGGUCAAUUAGGCAAGUGCACUGUUUUAGGACGUGGCAAGCAGGGUCCCAUGGGUGUCAAUACCAAUUUCUUACUCCAAAGGUAUAGCAUACGCUGUAGCUUAUUUUCUGUGUCUGCAAUUUGUGUGCCUUAUGUUGUAAGUAUGACAAGUAUAAGGAGAGGUAUACUGUCCUUACAUGAUGUAGUGCGGAAACUCAAGAAAGAUUGAUAAGUAACAAGAUCACUGCUGUUGAGUCAUUCCUCAUAUGCAGAGAAAUCACUCAAACAACUUCUUCAAAUCAAUGUUUUGUUGCAGGAAAUCAAGCAAGAGUGAAUCACCAUUAAGUAAUGAUCAGUUGGAGGAACUGAAAACAGUAAGAGUCCCUAAUUAGAGCUUGUCUAUUUCUUGCCUUUUAUCCUCUUUUUUUACUUGUUUGAUUUGUUAGUUUUGCUGAGAUGUUGCUGUAAAUUCUGUAAUAGUCAUUUAAGAAAAAGUCUGAACAUAAUGAAUCUUUUCGAAAUAUUAUGAAUAUUGAUCUUCUGUAUAAUGCCAAUAACAAAAAGACAAACUAAACGGUUUUCUGGCCGUGUGAGUGUGUGAUUCCUCGUAUCCGUACCCACAUAGUGUAACCAAUCAGAACGCGCGUUUAUAAGUAAACCUCGUUUUACUUGUGUACUUAUAUAUUUUGUCCCAAAGUAAAAUCUCAAAUUUUGCUUACAAACCAAGUGGCUAAAUGGUUGGUUUUAAGUGUGGAAAUCUGGUAAAUCCUCCCCAAUUUUUUUUCAGGAAUUACUGGCUGAAUUUAGACAAGAAUUAGAUGCAGCAAAAAGAGAAAUAAUUGAAAGUAAGUCUGUGUGA